AUGUCCGCAAGCUGCUGGUCCUUCCGGGCCUUGUGGCUACCACUGGUGCUGAUGUCCGCGGCGGCCGACGAACAAGGAGAAGGCUGCUCUGGCUCGGCCAAGAGAUGCGGCAACCUCACCAUGUCCGACCCGUUCUGGCUCGCCGACGAGGGGACCGGCAGAUCAUGUGGUUCCCCGGACUUCGUGGCCGUCUGCGACAGCAACUUCACCGGAUUUACAUCUCCGGUUUUACGGAGCGCUAUGCCCUUCAGCGACGGCUUUGCAAUCCUCAAUAUCUCUUACGAGGACCGCAGCCUGCAUGUCAUUGAUGUGGGCAAGGUGCACGUGUUGCAAGUCGCCAACAGCUGCCAUGUGCCCAUCUGGAACAGCUCCGUCAAACUGCGGCCCUCGUUUAGGAUCGACCCCGCCAACGUGAACCUCAUCUUCUACAACUGCACGGAGGUGGCUGCGGCGGCGGCCGUGGCACGUAGCGAUCUAGGGCUGGCGCGGACGAUGGUGAGGUGUGGGAACGAGUGGGAGGUGCUUGUUCGCGUGGGAGUGCCUUACGAUGUGACCGGGAACUACGGUGGCUAUGCUUUGGAGGGCUGCCACGCCGUGGUCAUGCCGAUAAUGGGCUCGUCGACGGGGGCGAACGCGAGCGACUAUGAGCGGCUCAUCGGGGAUGGCUUCCUCUUGACAUGGCUUGAACCUCCUCACCGUGCACGUAAGUUCACCCGACAGAUCACCUUUUAA